AUGAAUUCUUUGCUAAUAUUGUCCUUUAGUUGUUGUGCAAGGGAUCAAUGCAUUGUUGAAAAUGGUGAGGAACAUUGUGGAGAACUGAUUGAAGCUCAUAAGCAGUGCAUGAAAAAAGCCGGUUUUGAUAUCUAA